AUGUUCGGAAUCGACUUUAGCGCGUGGGUGCCGCCGCCGCCUCCGGAGCACGCGUUUUCAGGCACGGCGGCGGUGGUGGUGUCGCUGGUAUGCACGGUGCUCGCCGUGUUUCUCUCCGUACGCCACAUCGUCAUGCACCUCCGCAACUACACCGAACCCACGUACCAGCGUUACAUCGUCCGGAUCAUCUUCAUGGUUCCCGUGUACGCGACAAUGUCAUUCGGCGCUCUCGUUAUGAGCGACUACGCCAUGUACUUCAACACGAUACGCGACGUCUACGAGGCGUGGGUGAUUUACAACUUCCUCUCCCUCUGCCUCUCCUGGGUGGGCGGGCCGGGCGCCGUGGUGACGAGUCUCACAGGCCGUCUGCUCAAACCCUCCUACCUGCUCAUGACCUGCUGCUUCCCGCCCAUCCCCCUCGACGGCCGGUUCAUCCGGAGGUGCAAGCAGGGCUGUCUGCAGUUCGUGUACUUAAAGCCCAUCCUGGCGGCCACCUGCCUGUGCCUCUACUCCUACGGGCUCUAUCAAGACGGCAACUUCGCCCUCUCAGACGGCUACAUCUACAUCACAUGCAUCUACAUGGCCUCCUAUUCCGUGGCGAUUUACGCACUUAUUCUCUUCUACGUCGCGUGCCGGGAGCUCCUGCGCUCUUUUAAUCCAGUGCCCAAGUUUCUGAUGAUCAAGGCAGUGGUUUUCCUCACCUACUGGCAGGUGAGAAUGGGUCCGGUGUGGUUGCUGGUGGGCGUGCCGGUCUUCAUAGUGGCACAGCAGCAGCAGCAGAACGUGCUCAUCUGCACUCCCCUUUCUCCCCCUGCCCCCCUCCCCUCACUCCCUGUAGGGCGUGCCGGUGUUCAUAGUGGCGCAAUUAGGGGCGUGUUGGUCUUCAUCGUGGCGCAACUGGGCUACGUCAGCAGUGCAGAAGACGCAGCAGAUCUACAAAACGUGUUGAUCUGUGCGGAGAUGGUGCUGGGGGCGCUGGGCUUCAUUCACGCCUUCCCCUUCAAGCCCUCCCUGUCACGCUUCCCUUGCUCCCUAUCCCUUGGCCACGCUUCACCUGCAGAACGUGCUCAUCUGUGCAGAGAUGGUGCUGGGGGUGCUCGGCUUCAUUCAUUCACGCCUUCCCCUUCAAGCCAAUUCCAGCCUGCGCUGCUUUCCUUGCAUCCCUCCCUCCCCCAACCUCUGUCUGGCGUGCUGGUGUUCAUAGUGGCGCAGCUAGGCUACGUCAGCAGUGCAGAGGACGCAGCCGAUCUGCAGAACGUGCUCAUCUGUGCAGAGAUGGUGCUGGGGGUGCUCGGCUUCAUUCAUUCACGCCUUCCCCUUCAAGCCAAUUCCAGCCUGCGCUGCUUUCCUUGCAUCCCUCCCUCCCCCAACCUCUGUCUGUCCCUCUUGAGGGAGACAACACUGCGACCCAACGCUCACACCUCCCUCCCCUCCCCUCUCUCUCUGUGCCUCCAUUCCCUUCCAGGGCGUGCUGGUGUUCAUAGUGGCGCAGCUAGGCUACGUCAGCAGUGCAGAGGACGCAGCCGAUCUGCAGAACGUGCUCAUCUGCGCGGAGAUGGUGCUGGGGGUGCUCGGCUUCAUUCAUUCACGCCUUCCCCUUCAAGCCAAUUCCAGCCUGCGCUGCUUUCCUUGCAUCCCUCCCUCCCCCAACCUCUGUCUGGCGUGCUGGUGUUCAUAGUGGCGCAGCUAGGCUACGUCAGCAGUGCAGAGGACGCAGCCGAUCUGCAGAACGUGCUCAUCUGUGCAGAGAUGGUGCUGGGGGUGCUCGGCUUCAUUCAUUCACGCCUUCCCCUUCAAGCCAAUUCCAGCCUGCGCUGCUUUCCUUGCAUCCCUCCCUCCCCCAACCUCUUGGCGCAGCUAGGCUACGUCAGCAGUGCAGAGGACGCAGCCGAUCUGCAGAACGUGCUCAUCUGCGCGGAGAUGGUGCUGGGGGCGCUGGGCUUCAUUCACGCCUUCCCCUUCAAGCCCUCCCUGUCACGCUUCCCUUGCUCCCUAUCCCUUGGCCACGCUUCACCUGCAGAACGUGCUCAUCUGUGCAGAGAUGGUGCUGGGGGUGCUCGGCUUCAUUCAUUCACGCCUUCCCCUUCAAGCCAAUUCCAGCCUGCGCUGCUUUCCUUGCAUCCCUCCCUCCCCCAACCUCUGUCUGGCGUGCUGGUGUUCAUAGUGGCGCAGCUAGGCUACGUCAGCAGUGCAGAGGACGCAGCCGAUCUGCAGAACGUGCUCAUCUGUGCAGAGAUGGUGCUGGGGGUGCUCGGCUUCAUUCAUUCACGCCUUCCCCUUCAAGCCAAUUCCAGCCUGCGCUGCUUUCCUUGCAUCCCUCCCUCCCCCAACCUCUGUCUGUCCCUCUUGAGGGAGACAACACUGCGACCCAACGCUCACACCUCCCUCCCCUCCCCUCUCUCUCUGUGCCUCCAUUCCCUUCCAGGGCGUGCUGGUGUUCAUAGUGGCGCAGCUAGGCUACGUCAGCAGUGCAGAGGACGCAGCCGAUCUGCAGAACGUGCUCAUCUGCGCGGAGAUGGUGCUGGGGGUGCUCGGCUUCAUUCAUUCACGCCUUCCCCUUCAAGCCAAUUCCAGCCUGCGCUGCUUUCCUUGCAUCCCUCCCUCCCCCAACCUCUGUCUGGCGUGCUGGUGUUCAUAGUGGCGCAGCUAGGCUACGUCAGCAGUGCAGAGGACGCAGCCGAUCUGCAGAACGUGCUCAUCUGUGCAGAGAUGGUGCUGGGGGUGCUCGGCUUCAUUCAUUCACGCCUUCCCCUUCAAGCCAAUUCCAGCCUGCGCUGCUUUCCUUGCAUCCCUCCCUCCCCCAACCUCUUGGCGCAGCUAGGCUACGUCAGCAGUGCAGAGGACGCAGCCGAUCUGCAGAACGUGCUCAUCUGCGCGGAGAUGGUGCUGGGGGCGCUGGGCUUCAUUCACGCCUUCCCCUUCAAGCCAAUUCCAGCCUGCGCUGCUUUCCUUGCAUCCCUCCCUCCCCCAACCUCUGGCGUGCUGGUGUUCAUAGUGGCGCAGCUAGGCUACGUCAGCAGUGCAGAGGACGCAGCCGAUCUGCAGAACGUGCUCAUCUGUGCAGAGAUGGUGCUGGGGGUGCUCGGCUUCAUUCAUUCACGCCUUCCCCUUCAAGCCAAUUCCAGCCUGCGCUGCUUUCCUUGCAUCCCUCCCUCCCCCAACCUCUUGGCGCAGCUAGGCUACGUCAGCAGUGCAGAGGACGCAGCCGAUCUGCAGAACGUGCUCAUCUGCGCGGAGAUGGUGCUGGGGACGCUGGGCUUCAUUCACGCCUUCCCCUUCAAGCCAAUUCCAGCCUGCGCUGCUUUCCUUGCAUCCCUCCCUCCCCCAACCUCUGGCGUGCUGGUGUUCAUAGUGGCGCAGCUAGGCUACGUCAGCAGUGCAGAGGACGCAGCCGAUCUGCAGAACGUGCUCAUCUGCGCGGAGAUGGUGCUGGGGGCGCUGGGCUUCAUUCACGCCUUCCCCUUCAAGCCGUUCCUGCAGGCCAACGUGGCCCUGAACGGCGAGCAGGCAGGGCUGCUGAUGUCUAUCAAGCAUGCCAUCAACCUCACUGAUGUCGUUAGUGACACUGUUCACCAGUUCGCCCCCACCUACCACGACUAUGUUCUCUACAGUGACGGUACAGGGGAGACUCACCACUACCGCACGCGCACCUUCGUGCCCUCAGGGAGGGAGAUGGAGUCGUGUCGGCGCUCGGCCAGCGGCAGCAGCCAGCGCAACCACAUGACAGACCUCGAGGCCCCUUCCAUCUCCGACCAUCCUGCUGGGCCCACAGGGAUCGCCUCUCAGGGUGCUGCUGUCGACUCUGCUGAUGCUUUCCUCUCAGGAGCGCAGCUUAUUUCCACAGAGAAGGCGGAUGGGAAACUGGAGAGUGGAGGGAAAGACAGUGGGGCUGCUGGGGGGGUGGGGAGCACGGUGGGUGUGGCGUUCUCUGGCGGGACGUCUUUAGCUGCUAGGCUGGCAGCUGCGUUUUCCGCAGCAGCGGAUAUGUCGUCAGCGGUUGAUUCGACAGAAGCGAAUGACCCCACGUCUGCUCCGCUGGGGUUUACGCUGUCAUCUUCAAGUGCCCAAGGUUGUGGGUUUGUGGAGAUGGAAGAAGAUUUGGAGCAGCAGCCGCAUCACCACCAACAGUUGAAGCAGCAGCAGGAGCAGCAGCAGGAGGAGCGGGACCGGGAGCGGGAGAAAGAGCAGCGGGGGCAGAUGGCAGAGGUGGGGAUUCUACGGGAGGCUAUGGAGAAAAUGGGGAUGGUUUCGCCACCUUCUAGAGGGGGGAUGAGGCCGUAUGGAGCUUCGGCCGAGCCUGGCGAUGGCGACGAUCCUACGCCGAUCACGUCCCGGAAUCCGAACCUGGGCACGCCGAAGCUGCUGCCAACCGCCACUCCACCACCACUCCCGCCGCCGCCUUCGGCGGGAGGUUCGCCGGACCUAAGAAAGGAAGGUGUAGGAACGCCAACCCUAGGCAGUGUGACAAUAAAGGGGUCUCCGUUGUCCGGAGGUAGGGUUUCUGAUAUGGUUCCCCUGCAAGGGACAGUGCAAGGGGGCAGUAUUGGGAAUAGUCCUCUCGGGGUUGGGCUUUCAGCAGGAAUUAGCAAUGCAGGGGAGAUGGACAAACUUAUGCUAGAUAUGGACCAACAAUAG